AUGGAGGAGUUGGUAGAAGAUGACAUCUGUAUUUUGAACCAUGAAAAAGCAGACAAUGCUCAUAAGAGAGAUGGGGAGAUUCCUGUUUCAUCUUACAGUGGAGAUGAGUCUGUUGCCUCACAUUUUGCACUUGUUACUGCAUAUGAAGAUAUCAAGAAACGGCUAAAGGAGACAGAAAAGGAGAACUCUCUUUUAAAAAAGAGAGUGAGAAUUCUAGAAGAGAAGCUGCUUGGCUCCCGACUGGAAGAGGAAUGCAGUUCAGUUGGACGUGAACAAGUAAAUAAGGCAUACCAAGCCUAUCGAGAGGCCUGCAUUGACCGAGAUAAUCUGAAAAGCAAACUGGAUAAAAUGAUGAAAGAAAGUGCAGAAUCCUUGAAAACCUUGAAUGAACAGCUGCAGUCUAAAGAAGUAGAGCUGUUACAACUAAAAACUGAAGUGGAAACUCAACAAGUGAUGAAAAAUCUGAAUUGUACUCAGUCCAGCUGGGAAAUAGAGAAGCUGAACAGUGACCUGAAAGUGCAUAGUCUGGAACAGGAUCUAGAAAAGCUCAAGCAAGAAUGCAACAGUCUCAGAAAGGAGUUGCAAAAAUCCAAGCAGAAGGACCAGGCUCAAGAUGAAAAUCCAUUAAAUGGAGACCACCUUCAAAGGCAAGUCAUCCAGAGUGUGCAUCAAGCAUAUUGGGAUCUGAAGAGAGAAAUGUCUAAUUUGUCUCUAGUGACUGACAUGCAAGCUGAAGUUCUACGAAAACUGAAAACAAACCAAACAGCGACCAAGAAAGCUGCCCCUACUGCACCAGUGCAAUGUGUUGACUUGAACAUUUCAAAGCUGAAUUUGACACCUGGGGUAGUCUAUAAAAAACUCUCACAAAAUGAUGAAGUACUCUGCAACCCCUUGUCUCCCCCUCUGCCGAGAGAUGUAAAAAUCCCACCUGAAAGGGUGACUCUGCAAGCAUGGACAGAUGAGAGACCCAUUCCAGUUGAUGGCAAAACGUUUCAAGAACACCAUUCUUACGGGAAGAGCUCUCUGGAAGAUAAUUCCUGGGUAUUCCCAAGUCCUCCAAAGCCUAAUGAGAAUGUGUUUUGGGAAAUGAAAAAUAAAACAACUUUGUUAAACUGUCCAGCAGAUAACCUGGAUCAGUGUAAUCAAAACUGUCUGCACAAGAGUUAAACAAUUUUUAGAAUGAACUGAGGCAUUUUUAGAAUGGUUCUGAAUAGGCACUUUAAUGCUUGAAUUUCUAAAGAGAGAAAGCAAAUUGCCUGAAAUGUCUUUUCUUUAUUUUUAAUUCUAGUUCUGAAACAGAAAGCCUAGUCUUCCUCUGCUGUAAAUCAGGAGCAAGUUCCUUGAAGUUAAAGCUGUGCUGGUAUAAUGUAAAUAGAAAGCAAUCUGGAACGGCGCCUAGAUAGUCUUGUACUGCAAAUGGCAUACAUUUGCAAAAGAUUACACUGAAAAGUGAGUUCUUGGAAUAAAACAAAAUAAUCCAG